AUGCCGACGAAUACAGAUGAUGCUGUUGAAAAGACCAUUUUUGAUCCAAGUCUAAUGAAUGACGACGCUUACUUUGGAUAUUCCGCCUUUGACGACUUUAACCUGCAUCAUUUGCUUCCGGAUACAAAGGACGAAAGCUGGGUCUCUCGUUUCGAGGCUCAGCUGAUUGACUCUUCAGGUCAACAAUCGCCUCUUACGAACACGCACAGCUUCUCUGGGACCGACUCUGGCACUGGAACUCCAGCUCUUGAGCAGCUUGACAAUACACCAGAUGCGCCGCAACUUCCUGUCGCUUCAAUCGGCAAUGCUCCUCCUCCGAAGAUCGGCGCCCGGUUCUCACGGGAAGCUGUCCGCGUGCUGAGACAAUGGGUUUCAACACACAGCAACCACCCAUUUCCGAAUGAUCACGAGAAGGAGAUCCUACAGAAUCGGACUGGCUUGUCAAAGACGCAGAUAUUAAACUGGCUGGCCAAUGCUCGGCGUCGUGGCAAGAUCCAUGCUCGUCAUCCCGGUUCGCCACACUCGCCCAGUUCCACACAAGCGAUAGACAUUCCCGGAAGGAAGCCCACUCCUGCCCCAGGAGAGAGGAAUAGAUGGAUGGAUCCGCUGGCAAGAUGGGUUGACUCACCUCCUGAGAGUGAGCCUGCGACUGCGACUGCUAUUGCACGCGCCGUGGCAUCAUGCGGCUCAGAUGAUCUAUCCCGCACACACUACCAAACAGGCGAUGGCCACUGGCUCUCCAGAGCUUCGUCAACCAGCAGCAUCGGAACAUCACAGUCGAGCGACAACUCAGCAUACUCGCAACACUCUCGCGACUCUACAACUUCCUUCAGGUCGUCGAUUCGCUCUUCACGCCGCCGCAGACACAACGCCGCCAACAAACGAGCCGACAAGAGAACCUCACUAGCCAAAUCUCUGAACACGUAUCAGUGCACCUUUUGCACCGAGACGUUUACGACGAAGCAUACUUGGCAGCGCCAUGAAAAGUCCCUUCAUCUACCGAUAGAGAGAUGGGCAUGCGCUCCUAAUGGCCCUCGAAUCAUGGAUGACAAUGGGGUGCCACGCUGUGCUUUUUGUUCCCAUCCCUCACCAGACGAUGCACAUUUCCAAGACCACAACUAUUCGACCUGUAGCAUCCGUCCACUCCAAGAUCGAUCGUUUAACCGCAAGGAUCACCUGACGCAACAUUUGCGACUUGUUCACAAUGUCAAACCUGAGCAGUUGGGGUGUCCGUUGAACCAAUGGAAGCUGCCAAUGCCGGGAAUACGAUCUGUUUGUGGCUUUUGCGGCCUCAAGAUGGAUACGUGGGAGUUUAGGGCAGAUCACCUGGCAGAUCAUUUCAAGAUGGGAAGCACAAUGGCUGACUGGAAGGGAGAUUGGGGCUUUGAUGCCUCGGUCUUGUUCCGGGUUGAGCAUGCAAUCCCACCAUAUUUCAUCGGCAUUGACCGCAACACCAUGUGUCCCUUUGAGGCCAGCAAGGGCCCCUCUGAGACGCCGAGAGAUGCUUACGAGUUGAUCAGCCUAGAGCUGGCAAACUUCGUGCACGUCUAUAGCGACAAGUUUGGAGGUCUCCCUACGUAUGACAAGAUGCAACUCGAAGCUUGUCGCAUAUUGCUUUCUGCAGAGGUCAUAUCUGACAAGGAGGAUUCUAACGCCUCUUGGCUUCGAGACCUGAUUAUUUCGGCUGAUGAUAUCCUCCAGGAGGCCAAAACGAGACCUGUGAGGUCCAUCCUGGAGGGGAAACUUCGAAGACUGAAGAUUUCUGGAAAGGACAACUUGUUUGAUCUGUGUCCUAUGGAGAGUCAGCUAUACGAUUUCAUACAUACUGGGCCGUCUCAUUCUUUUACCGAUGUCGAUUUACAGCAGGAAGCGUCUCGUCUCAUUCAACAAGCCGGCAUUGAAUCCGAUUCAUCCUCCGAAUAUGUGGCGUCGUUUUUCAUCCAUUUGAUCAAUUCAUCAGCUGCUUGGCUUACACCUUUUCGAGAACGCCACAACAUCAGCUGCACACGGAAUAGUUCAGACCUACGUUCAGGUAGUUUGUCUAGAAUCAACUCGAUCCUUUACAAUUACAGUGAACUUGAAAGGACGUUGGCUGAUUACAUCGAGCUACUCCGGGCUCAUGGCAUUGUCCCCGAUGAUGCCGCUCUACGCCAAAAAGCGAACGAUAUCAUUGACGAGAUGGAUGAUGAGGAGUGGAAGUCGGUUGCUUUGAACAACGAGGCUUGGUUGGCGAAAUUCAAGAGCCGGCACAUGACAGACCCCAACACUCAACCGAACGAUUUCACGUCGGGAUGCCUACAUUAUUCUGAUGACACGCACGGCUCUCAGCAAAACAUCAACUCUGAUGGUGCAAACACCUGGAUGAAGACGAGCUUUUUGCUCAAUGGCGACUGUUACUAUCGUUGGAUUGCAAGAGAACUCGCCCGCUGGGUCGCCAUGACCAUGUCACCCAACAACCCGAACCAGCAUGUCCCCACAGACGAGGAGAUACAGCACCACGCCAGGUGGAUAUUGUAUAACGACGGUGAUCCCUGGAACCAGACCGUCGCUGAGAACCCGGCCUGGCUGCGGCAGUUCAAGAUUGAUGUUGGCAUCCUAAAGCCAGAACAAGAGGAUUUUGCAAGUCAUGAUAACUUGGAAUUUUAG